AUGGCGGAGACUAUCGACGCUAAGUCCUUCAAGGACGCCCUCGAUCGUUAUCCUGCUCUGAUUAAGAGUCUCUCAAAGCCUCCAAAGGAGGGUCAACUCAGUCUUGAGGAGCUCGACGCUUUCAGAUAUAAUGGGGCUCCGAUGGCUUAUUCUUCGAAGACCGGUCGCACUAUGGAGAGCAAGGACCUCCAGAAGCUGUUCGAGUGGAAGAUGCGCCAUGGCGUUUUCCGUCCAGGUCUUUCCGGCAAAGUUGCAAGCAACUCCAAUGAGACAAUCGCUGCUGCUUUCAAGGACGGUUUCGUCUACUAUGCGGAGAAGCCGUCAGACAUCGCCGGCGUUCUCGAGAAGUUGUCAAAGCCCCUCAAAGGUGUUGGACCAGCCACAGCCUCUCUCCUCCUCGCAGUCCAUGAUCCCUCAAACGUUGUAUUCUUCAGCGACGAGCUCUACAGAUGGCUUCUUCAUGAUGGCAAGAAGGUCUCCCCGAAGUACACGGCCAAGGAGUUCGAGGAGCUCUUCAACAAGGCGAAAUCAUUCAUGUCGAGAAUCAAAUGCACUCCGAUUGAGCUCGAGAAAGCCGCAUUCGUCAUCAUCAAAGAGAAUGAGCCGGUCCCUGAGCCGAAGCCGAAGAAGGUUUCAAGCGGACUUCCAAGAGGCCGCCCUAAGAAGCCUGACAGCGAGAAGAAGGUCAAGGUUCCUUCUGGCCGUGGUCGGGGACGCCCCCCCAAGGUAAUCACUGCUGAAGAAAAGGCUGCAAUGGCCGCAAAGGCCGCCUCUGGAGAAACCAAGAAGCGAGGAAGAAAGCCGAAGGCCAAGGAGGAAGAAGUUAAGGGUGAAGCUGAUGUCGAGGCAGGGGAGGUAGAGGAGACGGCAGCUACACCAGCAUCGAAGAAGAGAAAGACUUCAGAAGGCCCUGCUAGCAGUGCGAAGCGCAGUGGAAAGAAGGCAAUGGCUUGA